UACUGGAAAAAAAAUAAAACAUUUGCACAGUUUUCAUCUAAAUUGACCAAUUAUACUUGCACUAAUACGCUACACUUAUAAUUGGUUUUAAAACAUAAAUUUAUUCGACUCGUUUAGAAGAGAUAAUUAAGCGAUUUUACAAUUUACCAAUAAAUAUUAUAAUAAUUUUUUGACUGUUAAGUUUUGUGGAAAAGGGUGAUUGUGAUGAAUACAACGAGCGGAGGAUCGGAGCACUCACACAGACCGGAUACUGCUUCAUCAUUAGCCAGUGCAGCCUCGGCCACCCAGAUUGUGACGAGAGAGACGCACACUGAGCUUGACAGUGGCCCUGAAGACUUGCAGUGGUGUGAACAACUUCCGGACCAGCCUGGACUGCCUUCAGGAUUCCAGCAACUCACUGACCAGGACUACCUGAAUGUGCGAACUACUCUUGAGAGUCGGGAGAUGUGUUGUGGGGCGGGCAUGAAUUACCAUGUGUUGAAUGAACAGGGGGAGCUGGUCUACACUGUAUCCGAGGACACUACUAUGUUUUGCAGACACAUAUGCGGACCACACAGGAGCAUGUUUUUGUCUGUCUUCAACGAGAGCGGGAAGAUAGUAGCUCUGUUUGUGAAGCCCUGGAGGUGUGACGCAUGCUGGAUUCCCUGCUGGUGGCACAAGAUUAUGCUCCAAACUCCCGAGGACCACUUCGUCGGCUGGAUCCGACAGAGAUUCGCCAUCGGGGACGCCCAGAUGGACAUCCAGGAUGAGACGGACGAGACCGUCUACCAGAUCAAAGAAGGUCCUACGUUUGCAAUGAGGUGCAGCACCUCCUUCACCUACGGCAUCUAUAACGAAGACGGGGACUCGGCAGAUGGCGAGAUCACCAAAUUCGACGCCAAACACGAAGACUUCCCGAUCAAUAUGAGUCACGAGGACUUCCUCGUCCGAUUCCCAGAGGAUGCCAACGAGAAGGAGAAGAUGCUGAUUCUGGGGGCCGCCUUCAUGCUCAACUUCAUGUACUUCGAAAUAACCUAACUAUUUGUUAUAACCGAUGCUUGUUAUUAGAAAACUAAUUGCAAGAGUGGGGCGUACAAUUAUGUGGAGGCAAUACAACAGUGUCGAAGUACAUCAUUCCUCAAAAAGAAAAUUAUGAUCAACUGUGCCGAAAAUCAUAAAUUUUC